CUCUUUGACGAUCUGUACCUAAUAAACCACGUGGGAGAUGCAAACUAGAAGAUCAACUAGAUGCUUAGGGAUCAGUGAUGCUGAGGGAUCAUCCACUCAGAGUCCCAUUAAAAAGAGAAAGAUUUCAUUAUCCCUGAAAAAAUUAGGUGGAAAUGUGACUGUGCAGGUUGCCAAUACAAUCACGCCUGAACCUACAGCAGCAGUGCGGUUAGAGUCAACAGUGAGAAGCUAUCUUGGCUCAGAAGUAAAAUACAUCAAUAUACAAGAAGUCAAUACAUCAGUAUCGAGUCCAGAGUCAAAAUGCAAAAGCGAACCUCAACAUACAUGUCGACCUAAUCCGUUGCAGUCAACCUCACUCCCUGUACGCCAACAAUCAAAGCUGACUGACCUACAACAAUCAUCGGAUGGUUAUUACCUAUACAACUUCAAGUUCAUUCUAGACUUAGUUCUACAGAGCAGCCCAGAGCGGCAUGUCAUUGUUACUGAUGGAGUGCCUGUGGCGGAGCAAUUCAAACAGCUACCUCAGAAGGAACAGCAGUUGUACGUUCGACUGUUCCUGCGUAAGCACCAGUGGCUGAGAGCCGAUAAGAUCUCCUACUCUGACAUUGCAGCUGACCUCUCCCCUGUUCUCACAGCCCUGGUUCAUCAUGGAUUCCUAAAUGACGAGUCCCAGUUGUCUGACCCCACUGAGGUGCUGCCUUUGUUGCAAGUUUCUGAACUGAAGGAGCUGCGUAAACAACUCAACCUCCCCUCGUCAACAGGGGGUGGUCAGAAGGCGCAGAUUAUCGAGGCUCUUUUCAAGCACGACAGAGAACACAAACCUUUAUUUGGAAAGUCGCAUUUCUUGGCAUCUGUAGUGCAGCGAGCUAAGAAGAAGGUUGGCUGUUGUGUGAAGGUAGCUUCUCACCCUGUAGACGUGUUCUCCAAGAUCACUCUUCUCUUCUCUCUCACCAAUGGCCGUUGGGGGGAAGAGGACAAUGAACUCUCGCAAAUUAUAUUCAAACUGUUGCAAGUCAAUAUUGGGGCUCUGCGGUAUCCUGAUUAUGAAGUGAGUGUGUCGCAAUCUCUCUUUCCUACAGAGGAGAGCUUUCUUAACUACUACGGGGCGACCAAGGAGGAACAAGCUCUUGUGGAAGCCAUUGACAAUAAAGAUAAUGCAACUGUCAAUUCAGCACUAGAUAAAAUCAGAAGCUCAUUUUACAGUGAGCUGCAUUCCGAUGCAAUCUGUACUACUUCUCUUCCGCCAUUUUUGCUCAUCUUCACGUCCUGCUGGCUGUAUGCUACCAUGCUCUCAAAAAUGGCCGAAUAUCUAGAGAAGAGUGGCGAGUAUGAACGUGCCAAUGAGGUGCUCGAGUGUCUCUUGUGUCAGGGGGUGGUCUGUCGUGGGUCGCGAGGGAGAUGGUAUGAGAGACUGGCACUCAACUGUGACUACCAUCUUAAAAACAAAGAGAAGUGUUUGGAGGUAAUAAAGAGAGCAUUGGAUGACCCUCACGUGAGACCAGCCAGAAGAUUGUCCAUGAUUAAGAGAGCUCGGAAAGUGUGUGAGAAUCUGUCCAGGAAACCAGUGAAGAAGAAAAGGGGCGGGGCUAAGAAAGCUGAGGAACACUCAAAGUUUAAUUUAGCAGACUUCCCUGAAAUGGAACUUACUGCAGCUCCUGAGAUCACUAUCAGUGGGUCUAUACUGCGGACAAGUGUCAAACCAGUCUACCUGAGUAGCUCCACCACCCACACCCCUCACACCACCACCCCCUCACAACCGUGCACAGCUGUGACUGGUGUGGAGGGUUAUGCCAUCCACCAUUACAGUGCCAGCGAGGGGUGGCCCUGUGCAGUUCAUGGUGAGGGCUCUGUUUUCUCCACCAUGUUCGGACUAUUGAUGUGGGAGAUCCUGUUCACAGAGGGAAUCGCUGAUGUAUUUCGUACACCAUACCAGAGUGGACCGUUGGAUCUUCGUAGCGACUGGUUCUACAAGAAUCGAGCAAACAUAAUUGAGGAUCGUCUCACCUGGCUAAGAAGUACGUCUCUUGAGGACAUCGGUGGUGAGGUUGAGAGGUGCUGGAGUUGUAACCAUGGUACCAUGUGCGUGGCUGUUAGCUGGGAGCUCUUUGGCUCUGUGGAGGACGCUAAGAGUCUGGCUGUGUGCAUGGGAGGGGGUCUGUUGGCUCGUGUGUGUGAGCUCUUUGCUAAAGACUUUGCCCACUCGUGUGGCGGGUUGCCGGACCUCACACUGUGGAACCCAGCAGAGACAUCUUGCAAGUUUGUGGAGGUGAAGGGCCCGGGUGACAGACUGUCUACUAAACAAGUGGUCUGGCUCUCCAGACUAGCCGGAUGGGGCUGCUCCGUUGAAGUCUGUCAUGUCAAAGGUUCAUCAAACAAGAUCUUGGAUUAAUUAACCAUGCAAUCAUCAAAAAGAGAACUCGCUACAUAUACAUGUAAUAAUUAACCAUUGGAACCUGGAACUAAUUAAUUCAAAAAAGUGAAAAUCAUGAGUCUAUAACAUAUCAGCUUGAAAUGUCUUGAGAAUUUCUACAAAAAUAGCAAAGCAACACUAAUAUUAAAUUGAAGUCAUGUGAACAGUU